AUGAUUGAUGCAGCUCUUCAAAAGGAUGCACUCGAAAUGCCAACGACCAACAGGGACAAAACUCACGUCCAGUGUGUCAAAGACCCUGUAAUGGGCAACGUCGUUAAUUUUACAAUCUACAAGAACGGUGACAAUGAUUACACGGGUAAUACUGACCGCCAACGAAUGGAAAUGAAGGGCAAAGAAGAGGGUAAAAAAGGAAAUACUUUCCUUUACGCUUGGUGGUUUAAAAUCGAUCCCAACAUGAAGAACACGGACGAAUUCUAUCACAUCUUUCAAAUCAAAACUGGUGGUACCAAAGCCAUGACCAAAUUCCCGCUGGCUACGUUGACAUUGACGAAUAAAGACAAAUUUCACGUGCAGCCAAAUUAUUUGAAUAAGUAUGGAGAAAAAGCUUACAAGUUGCUAGGUCUUCAGCAAGUCAAAGGUAAAUGGAUCCAGGUGUUUGUCGAAGCGGCUUUCAAGAAAAAAUCGGAGGGUGGAUACAUCCGCGUGACGAUGAAAGACGAGAAGGGCAAAGACCUGAUAAGAUCGAAAACAAUCGAGCACGAAAUGUGGUGGGAUAAUGCCAAUUUCAGGCCAAAAUGGGGCCUGUAUCGAAAAAAAUCGCCUGGUUAUCAGCCAUCUGACUGGCAGCUGUUCCAAAAUGUUCAAAUUUGGAAGAAAAACUAAAAAAACAUAUGCCAAACUACUGCAGAAUUAGCAAUUCUUCAAGUUGUUGAACGUUUUGUGUGGAGUUUACCAGCAGUUGUACUUUGUGCUCGGCAUUUUGCAAGCGGUGUAGGGUAUCUAAAAUCAAGAAAAUAUAAGAAUAUUGCAUCUAA